ACUAGCUGGCAACAAGGGACGCAAUCUGAUCAUUGUCGAUGAUUGUUAUUUUCCAUCUUUUCGUGGCAGAAACAGAAAUAAAAUUAAAGUUCUACGUGCUCCAGCCAGUUUUUCUAUAAUUUAACACUUCCAUCAUUCCAGAAUCGCGUUCACGAUGGCCACGUUUGUGCAGCCCUGCCUCACCUGUUUCCGCCGGACGGAUAACUAUCUCCGGAUCACGGACGAAACCAAUGCCGACGAUGUGCACCGGAUAGUCACAACGCACUUUUGGUUUUCGGACACCGAGUGCUUCGCCAGCGUACUGUGCACCAGCUGUUGGGAGAAGAUCGAUGAAUUCCACAAGUUCUAUUGUGAGGUGAAACGAGUUCACUCGGACCUAGCGGAUCCGGUUAUUCCGGUGCAAAUCAAAGUGGAACCAAUCGAGACGGAUACGGAAGUAGCUGCCGUGAAACGGGAAAUACUGCCCGAAUCGUUUUCGAAGCUGGAUGAGCUCGUUGAAAAGACAGGUGACAUAAACCAAAUGACUCUGGUUGGGUUCAAAAAUGAGCAAGAAUACAAAGAAAUGGAACCAGGAGAGGUUCCGGUUAAGAAGAAGCGAGGUCGUAAAAGAAAAUUGCCUCCACAAGAAACGAAAUCGGAACCAGAGAUUGAAACAAAAAACAAAGUUGAUAAAACAGAAAAUCAACCUAAUUCGGAUGAAUCUGACAAUGACUUCAAAGAAGAGCAGGAAGGUUCUGAUUGGGAUCCUUCGCAGGAUAUCGACUCGGACGAUGAAGUGCUGUCGAAGCGCAAAGCACGCAAAGACGCUAGCAAACCGAAAAGAAAAUAUACCCCUCGGAAAACAAAAAAGAAUGCAGAGAAACGUGUCCCUGUUCCGAGAUGUAGAGAAGAAGUAGCGAAAGAGGAUGAACUGAUUAGAAAAUAUUGUAGUAUUUUCUGCUCAAAAUGUGAGUUCACUUCGGAUACUUUCAACGAACUGAGGAACCACACCAAAGCGGUUCACAACUGUAAUCCGAUGGUGAUAUGUUGCGAGCAUAGAUUUUACAAGCGAACGUUUCUCUAUCAACAUGCUCAAUACCACGAGGAUCCGGAGAAAUUCAAAUGCCACGUAUGCGUGAAAUUUUUCCACAGUGGAUUGGCUUUGAAGUUGCACAUGGAUUACACUCAUGUGACAGACGAACAGAAGAUAUUCAAAUGCGACGAGUGCGAUGCCAGUUUUGCAAAGUCCUAUCACCUGACUUCGCACAAAAUGAAACACACAUCGAUAGCCGAGAAGCGUUUCUACUGCGCUCCGUGUGAUAUAGCUUUUCGCACCAAUCAAUCCUACAAAACACAUCAACAUUCGAAGCACGGUGCUGCGGCAAAGUACGUUUGUGAUAUAUGUGCCCGUGGUUUCCGCCAGCGUUCCGAUUUGGUAACUCACCAGUUGUCGCACACUGCUGAAGGGCUGGAACAGCUGAAGAUCCAGUGCGAGCACUGUCACAAAUGGAUGAAGAAUAAGAAAUCUAUUUGGACCCACAGGAAAAUCUGCCAAAGCGUGGGUCCAGUAACGUGCGACAUCUGCGGUAAGACGGCUCCCAAUCCAGAGCAGCUAAAAAAUCACAAGAAGUUUAUGCACCAGGAUCAACGUAUUUACAAGUGCGGCUACUGUGAUAAAGCGUUUAAACGACCCAUUGAUUUGAAGGAACACGAAACCAUUCAUACUGGUGAGGUUCUCUACACUUGUAACUUCUGUCCGAAGACGUUCAAUUCUAACUCGAAUCUGUACUCGCACCGACGGAAACAGCACCCGCUCGAGUACGCGGAAUGGAAGACGGCGCUGCAGUUGAAAAAGCAGCCUCUCGCUACGCUUCCGCCGGAAACUCUCCCGCUUGCUUCAAUUCCGACUACCUCUGGAACGGCGAUGGGAUCACUGAACAGUGCCAACCGGCUGCCGCUACCCGAACUGGGAGCACCACCGUUGUUUAUGCCACCGACGACGACGAUGAUGAUUCCGUCGGCUCAUCUGCUGCCCCCCGCAGACGAAAGAGGCGAACAGUAUAUCUGAAGCUCUAAACAGGCCGGAUCAUAAGAGUAUGUUUUAUUUAUCUGUGACAAAUAUCAGUGGUAUUUGAAUCAGUGUUCUAUUACUAUGUCUAAACAUUACGAAAUCCAGUUCAACCAACAGAAAUAUGGUGAAAAUAUAAUUGUUAGACUACUGGCUUUUGCUGGAAUGUAGAUUAUCUGAAGUACAGUUAUCCGCAAAUGC